GCGCGCUGCGCGAGCCCGAGAGGCGCCACGAGGCCCGCCGCGGAUCGCGGGGUGAGCCCGGCCUCGUCACCCGUCAGCGGGGCGACCCCGGCCGCGGGCCUGGAGACCCCGACGGGGGGCUGGGGAAGGGAGGGGCCGGGACGGGCAGAGGCCCAGAGGCGCCGCCGCCGUCCUCAGGCUCGGCCGUUCCCAACCGCUCGGUCCUCAGAACACGGCGUCUGCUGUCACCGCCGGCGAGGGACGAGCUGAGCCCGGGACGGGGCCGCCGGGUCUCCGAACCCUCAGCACCGUGCGCUGGCCGCGGUGCCCGGUGUCGGAGCUCCCGGUGGGCAGCCGGCCGCGGGUCUGCCGCCAGCCCCGCGCGCACCGCCGCCCCGGCUCACCCCUCCCCGGGCCUCCCGCCGGGCUCCCUGCGGCCUCCCUCCCGCCGGGCACCCUGCGGCCUCCCUCCCGCCGGGCACCCUGCGGCCUCCCUCCCGCCGGGCACCCUGCGGCCUCCCUCCCGCCGGGCACCCUGCGGCCUCCCUCCCGCCGGGCUCCCUGCGGCCUCCCUCCCGCCGGGCACCCUGCGGCCUCCCUCCCGCCGGGCACCCUGCGGCCUCCCUCCCGCCGGGCUCCCUGCGGCCUCCCUCCCGCCGGGCUCCCUGCGGCCUCCCUCCCGCCGGGCUCCCUGCGGCCUCCCUCCCGCCGGGCACCCUGCGGCCUCCCUCCCGCCGGGCACCCUGCGGCCUCCCUCCCGCCGGGCUCCCUGCGGCCUCCCUCCCGCCGGGCACCCUGCGGCCUCCCUCCCGCCGGGCUCCCUGCGGCCUCCCUCCCGCCGGGCUCCCUGCGGCCUCCCUCCCGCCGGGCACCCUGCGGCCUCCCUCCCGCCGGGCACCCUGCGGCCUCCCUCCCGCCGGGCUCCCUGCGGCCUCCCUCCCGCCGGGCUCCCUGCGGCCUCCCUCCCGCCGGGCACCCUGCGGCCUCCCUCCCGCCGGGCUCCCUGCGGCCUCCCUCCCGCCGGGCUCCCUGCGGCCUCCCUCCCGCCGGGCACCCUGCGGCCUCCCUCCCGCCGGGCACCCUGCGGCCUCCCUCCCGCCGGGCUCCCUGCGGCCUCCCUCCCGCCGGGCUCCCUGCGGCCUCCCUCCCGCCGGGCACCCUGCGGCCUCCCUCCCGCCGGGCUCCCUGCGGCCUCCCUCCCGCCGGGCUCCCUGCGGCCUCCCUCCCGCCGGGCACCCUGCGGCCUCCCUCCCGCCGGGCACCCUGCGGCCUCCCUCCCGCGGGACUCCGGGUGCCGGCGGCUGACCUCGCCAUGGAGCCUCCCGGCCUCUUCCGGGGUCCCCAAAGCCCGGGAUCCAGGACAAGAGGCGUGAGGGGACCCCGCCGGGACGGGCCGGCGCACGCCGCUUCCCUUCGGGGGUGCAGGAUGCCCGCGUCAGGUUGGCAGAGGCGGCUCCUCCCUCCGCCUGGCUGCCCAGCCCUGCGGCAGGAGCGGAGCGGAGCCAGGGAAGGGGCUGGCGCGUGCGGGCGUGCCCUGCCCCCGGCCGCGGUCGCUCCAGGAGGAGGGCAGUGGUCACUGACCGCGGGCCCGGGUCCCGGGGAAGGGAGAGCGCGGACGGGAGCUCGGUGGGAGGCGCCCGCCAUGCGCUCCAUGUGCCCGACAGCUUGUCCCGGGAAGCUGGAGCUGCCCUGCAACAGGGUGCUGGCCGUGUUGGCCGAGGGCUGGGGGCAGGGAGGCUCCUCUGGACAGGAUGACCCUCCAGGAGAGACAGUCCAGAAUGGGACCAAGGGCCAGACGGCGGCGGCAGACACUCCCCGAAGCCGCGGCUACCGUAGCCGCUUCCCGGAAGUCAAGGCGUGGAGGCAGGGCCAGCGCUGCCGGGGAUCCCGGUGUGGACGCAGGCAGGACCAGGGGACGCUCCCUCGAGGCCACUGUGGAACGGGUCGUGCCCCCCAGCAGGUGGGAACCGAAGGGGGUCCUCCCAAGGCCGGCUGCAUGGGCAUCCGUCUUCCUCGGCGGUCUGGUCCACCGCAGGGACGGCAGCAUGUGAGCAGGAGGAAAGUGGGAACCGCUCCGUCGCGAGGUCACGGGGAACCGCUCCAUGGCAAGGUCACGGGGAACCGCUCCGUCGCGAGGUCACGGGGAACCCCUCCAUGGCAAGGUCACGGGGAACCGCUCCGUCGCAAGGUCACGGGGAACCCCUCCAUGGCAAGGUCACGGGGAACCGCUCCAUGGCAAGGUAACGGAACCGCUCCGUCGCAAGGUCACGGGGAACCCCUCCGUCGCAAGGUCACGGGGAACCGCUCCGUCGCGAGGUCACGGGGAACCCCUCCAUGGCAAGGUCACGGGGAACCCCUCCAUGGCAAGGUCACGGAACCGCUCCGUCGCAAGCUAAGACUUCUGUUACCCACAACCUCUCCCGCCGUCUGUCUCGCGGACUCCCUGCUCGCUGUUGUGGCUGCGUCAGGGACUCCUCGUUUCUCACUGUGGGCCCGGGGCCCCGGCCUCGUCUCAAGCACCUGAGAGUAGAGGAGACGUCCCUACUCUCUUGUCUUCUCCCCGUGAGGGGAUUCCGGGGGUCAGGAAUUUGAGGGAGACAUCUCCAUCUUCCUGAACCCUCUCCGGUGUUCGGUAGGGCAGUCCGGGACGCCGUCCGAACAUCUCCGCAGCAGGGCUGAGGUUUGGGUAUUCAGAAGCCCUGUUUAUAAACCCAAGCCCUGCCUAACCGCAGGACCCAAUCUCCAGCUUACGGUACUAAAACGUCUAUCUCAGAUUCUCAGGUUGGCCCUUUUGGCAUAUAAGCUCUCCUUAAUUAAGUAACUCUUGUUUUCUUUUUUCCUCCUCCUCUUCUAUUGAGGUCUCUCUCUCUCUCUCUCUCUCUCUCUCUCUCUCUCUCUCUCUGUUACAAUUGUCACAUUAUUACAGCCUGUAGGCUCUCUCAGCCACCCCUCCCCCCGGGAAAGGAGUAAUUCUGCCUGUGUUGAGUAUAAUACUCCUCAUAUUCAUUUCUAACCCCUAAUUACCCCACAAGAGUGAAGGAUGGGCAAUCAGAAGUGCUGCCCAGACCCUAAAUUGCCAUUAGGAUACCUAGUCCAAAAUCUACCCAAGCUAGGUCUCUCCAUUAAAAAGGAAAGGCUGCUUUUCCUCUCCACCAUGGCCUGGCCACAAUAUCCCCUAGACAACCAGCCUAAGUGGCCUCCAGAGGGCACGCUCAACUUUAAGGUCCUGACAGACCUAGACAACUUUUGCCAAAAGAACAGUAAACGGUCAGAGGUCCCCCAUGUGCAGGCUUUUUUUUUUUUUUGAGACGGAGUUUCGCUCUU